AUGAACCUCCAAGACACAACCAUCCUCCCAAUGCCCCUAAUAGCCUUCAUCCUCUGGCGCCUCCGACACGCCGAAGACACAGGCUACCCAUCGCACCGCGAGAAAACCUUCGCGUUGGAAUACAUCCUAUCAUUCACCUCCCGCUGGAACGCCCUCCCCCAACCAAUCGGCUCCUUCAGCCAAAACAUCUCUAUCUACUUCAACAUCCGGUGGAUGGAUAUAAGCAAACUGCCACGUGCCUACAACAACACAGACCUAGGUCUCCAGAUCAAGCGCGAAUCAGGAGAUAUACCACACAUAAACCGGAAAGUUCCUUCCGAUUUACAUUUGUUGGAGGUGAAGCAUAGUCUUUGUCUUGUUAGUACAAUCCAGCCGUUGCCGUUUUAUUCCUUGCUCCUACUGCAGGAUCGGGAGCCGUGUGCUAUUGGACCGCUUAGGCAGUAUGUUGCUGUUGAGUUGGCUGAGAGGGCUGAGAGGGUCUUUAAGGGGCGGGGUGGGAAUUUGGGUCGGUUGACUGCCGUUGGGUUCUUUUUGGCUUUUUUGGGAGUGCUUUUGGAGACUGUUGUUGGGAAUUGGGAUGAGUCGUUAGAUAGGCUUGAUGAGACUCUUGUUACAAGUGUGAAUCAGGGAUUGAAGACUUUGCAUGGUCAGAUUGACAUAUCGAAGGCUAGUCUUGACGAUGAUAGUGACGAUGAUUCCAACACACAUACGGCUCAAGACAAAGCAAAUGAGAGGAAACAACUAGACGAGAUGUUUUCUAUCGUCAUGGCUGAGAAUGAGGCAAGAUCUCGGCCGCGGUUGGAUCGCAUCGAGAGAAAGGUUGAAGAAGUCAAAAGUCUUCGCGAUGGUCUUUUCAAUGCUACCUCCGUUCGAGAAGCCUCGAAAGGAACUAGUCUUGCUGAGAUGAGUGGGCGACAAAAUCAGUAUAUUCUCGUCUUCACUAUUGCUACUGUUUUCUAUCUGCCCAUGAGUUUUGUGACGUCCUUCUAUGGAAUGCAUUUAUUCGACCAAGGUGACGAUCCCUCUGCCUCGAAGGCACCCUUUAUUGCCACCUUUGUAGUGCUUUCUCUGGCGACCUAUAUCCUGGCAGCUAGCGGUCUUUGGUUUGUCAAAGGUAGAGCGGAGCACAAGUCAACACGCAGAGAUAGUCCAUGUCUUGAUGGGAAGACAAAGGAGCAACCGACAUUGUUUAGCUUGCCGUCUAAAAAACGAUCCGACUCAGUCGUUUAA